CUAGCGGACAUUAGUCGCGACCAUCGAUGGCGGCCGCGAGUUUUCCUCCAAACUUCUCGAACGUCGGUGUACUAGAGAAUUGCGCCGGCAUGGAGGCAACAAACGGCGCGAUCGAGCACGACUUCCACAACACGUUGGUGCCGAUAAACGGUAGCCAUUCAGGCAGCUCCGGCAGGAGUACGCCGAACGGCGGCGACCCGGCGCCGGGCAAGCUUUUCGUGGGCGGCCUCUCCUGGCAGACGAGCAGUGAAAAGCUGCGGGAAUAUUUUAACAUGUUCGGCCCAGUCACUGAUGUCCUCAUCAUGAAGGAUCCGAUGACGCAGCGUAGCCGCGGUUUCGGCUUCAUCACAUUCGCCGAGCCCGGUACCGUCGACAAAGUCCUCAAGUGUCCCGUCCACACCCUGGAUGGCAAGAAGAUUGAUCCGAAGCACGCGACGCCGAAGAAUCGCGCGAAACAGGCCAAUCGCACUAAGAAGAUCUUCGUGGGUGGUGUCAGUCAGGACACCAGCAGCGACGAGGUCAAGGCCUACUUCAAUCAAUUUGGGAAAGUGGAGGAGACGGUGAUGCUGAUGGAUCAACAAACGAAACGUCAUCGCGGCUUCGGCUUCGUCACCUUCGAGAACGAGGACGUGGUGGACCGCGUGUGCGAGAUACACUUCCACACGAUCAAGAACAAGAAGGUCGAGUGCAAGAAGGCGCAGCCGAAGGAGGCGGUGCAACCGGGCGCGCUAGCGCUCGGUAAGCGGGUAGUGCUCGGCGCUCUAGGUGUACGGCUUGCGCCGCAACCGCCGCUGCCGGUCGCGGCAGCGGCCUCGCAGUUGGUAGCCGCGCAGGCACAAGCGGCGCAGGUGCAGGCGGCUGCGGCCGCGGCGGCGGCCGCGCAGGUGCAGAACGCGGUCGCAGGAUACGGUAAACUGUUCGCCACCAGUGCGUCGCCCGCCGCCGCCGCGGCCGCCGCCGCGGCGCCCGGCAAUCCCUAUCAGGGCUACUCGCUCACCAACGUCGACAUGUCAAGCUUCCAGGGCGUCGAUUGGGGAUCCAUGUACGGGAUGGGAAUGUACGUUUAA